AGGAUCAGACGAUUGUUGCAGCCAAAAAAAAGUGUGCUAGAUUUGGUACGGUGUGUGUUUUGUUGGAUCCAUUAGCGAAGAUGGAAAUACAUCAAGAAAGAGAAGAGGAGAUGGAUCUACUGGGUGUUCCUUCGAGUGCCAGUUUCCGGUGUUUGAUGUGAGCCACUAUGGUGGCCUCCUUGUUCCAACCCGUCCUCGUAUUAUUUUCCCCCAAUUUGAGGAUUUAAGUUUUUUUUAAAGGGGUUCAUGUUCCGUGCAGCUGAUCUAAAGAACUUCGGUAAAGCGGGAAGCAGCUGGCACUUUGGCCGGACGAUGGAUGAGCUGGUCCAUGACCUGGUGUCGGCGCUGGAGGAGAGCUCGGAGCAGGCUCGCGGCGGCGGCUGCUGCAGCGCUAGUCUGGACUUUGCGCUGCCCGCUGGCCGCAUGCUCAAACGCAACGCUCGCAAACGCCGGGGCAGGAAGCGGCGCUCUGAGAACAGCACCCGUGCCGCACCGUGCCACGCCCCCUGCCACACGAGCCACGCCUCCGAUUCCAGCCCGGACGAACACAGAGACACGCGCCUGUCCUCCAGCUCCAAUGCCAACGCCAUCAACAGCGACUCGGACGAGCAGUUAGGCGCCAAGCGCGGCAAGCGGCCUCCGUGGCACGACGACGCAGGAGUCGCCGACGCCAACCGGAGUCUCAGGAGGAGGCGCAAAGUCAAGCGCAUGGCCAUCGACCCGCCGCCGGAGUUCUCACCCAAAUCAGCAGGAGGAAGCAGGGACGAGGGGAAAGGGAACGACAUGGCCAAUAAAGGCAGAGUGAAGAAGAGGAAGCUGGCGCCAGCACACCGGCUGGCGCUGGAUGCUGCAGAUGAGGGCGUGGUCGUGGAGAGCGAGGAGGCGGGGCUUUCCGGGAAAGAGAAAAUGGACUUUGAGGAGCACAAGUGCUCAGAUGAAGACAUGAGUGACAGGUGCGAAACCAGCAGUGUGAGUAACAGCAGUGAUGGAGGCCUGUUCACCAAUGAUGAAGGAAGACAAGGCGAUGACGAGCAAAGCGAUUGGUUCUGUGAGGGUGAGGCGGGCGGGGCUUGUGGCAUCGCAGGCGUGAUCCCGUGGUGGGACAGGGAAUCUAACGAACUGGACCUUAAUGACCCGGUGUUCAACAGCAUCCUUACAGGGGCCUUCCCGAUCAUGUCCCAGGGAGCACAGCGAGGGUUUCAGGCCAGGCUGGCUCGACAUGCUGCACGGCAGCAGGCUCAGGUAGCCAGAUGUGCUGAGAGAAUUCCCAGAUUGUCCCAGGAUCCUCACACACAUGAGCCUUGGUUCAGUCCCGGAUCCAGACGUGAACAGUGUCACUGGGAUUCGAGAUCGGACCGAGGCCACCGGAGAAGCUGUUCACUAAAGACUGCCAGCAGGCAGACGAGCGGCCAUCUUGGCUCAUUGUGUACCGGAGACGUUAAAAGGAGACGCAAAGCUGCACCUAUGGGAGCACCCUUAUCCUCAGGUGUGGUAGGAGAGGGAGUGCCUGCGAUCCCGGACUCGAACGUGGGGAACCGCAUGCUGCAGAACAUGGGCUGGUGCCCGGGAAUGGGCCUCGGUCCCGAGGGAAGGGGCGUGACAGAGCCGAUCCGGUGCACACAGAGGCCCAAGCGUGCAGGGCUCGGCUUUAACUGAGGUCUGCGCUCGGACAGGCCCGAAGACAGACUCUGAGCCGUCUGUUCUAAAGCCACCGCCUCCCAGCAGGGGGCAGCACUGAGGCCAGGAUGAACAGACGCACUAACUAACGGGACAGAACGGUGCAGGAGACCGUUUGUUCGUCGACGAGCAGCCGGAUGGAAAGCAUCGAUUUUGCACAAAAACACACACCGUGUCAUAUCUGUAGCAAGCUAAAGGCCAGUGAUUUAUCCGUCGUCAUAUUCACCUAAUGCCAUAUUCCUCUACAAUGUUUCCCCCUUCAUAUGUUUUGCAUUUUAUUUCCAAAAAAAAAAAAAAUUUUUUUAUCCAGUGUUCUCCUAAUUCUCACCCGGGGAGGUAAACACGGGACACAUGAAGCCAGCUAACCUCAUCUCACAGGGUAGUGGCACACUCCAAGGAAAGCGCUCACACACACACAUAUACAUAUACACAUAUACAUAUACAUAUAUAUAUAUAUAUAUAUAUAUAUAUAUAUAUAUAUAUAUAUAUAUAUAUAUAUAUAUAUAUAUAUAUAUAUAUAUAUAUAUAUAUAUACACACACACAGUCACAGGUGAUUGGUUAGUGUCAGGCUGAACAUCAGGAGAGAGCGCAACGCCAUCCGUCCCACUCGUGGCCAUGAAUCCCUAAUCUCCUGACGAUAAGGCGAAUGCUUUUUUUUUUUUUUUUUUUUUUAAACAAUGUCAGGGAACUAAUUAAAAAAAAAAAAAAGUAUUAGCACCCCUGUCUGACACGCUCCAUCUGGGUCGCUAGAUUUCCGAUCCUCAAAUCCAACCACAAUAUGACACGUAACCCGAUGGCAUGUUUUUUUUCCUUCUUUUAAUUCUAGUCAUUAGAAAUGGGGAAACUGCCCCAAAUUCCAUUUUAGGAUCAUCCUUUUAAUGUUUUUUUUUUUUUUUUUUUUUUUUUUUUUAGGAUUGGGAAUCUUGAAUGCAAUUUUGAUUCAUGAAUAUAAAACUAUUCUUGAUGGAUCUUGAUUGUCAAUUAAAAUUUGUUUAUUAUUAUUAUUAUUAUUAUUAUUAUUAUUAUUAUUAUUAUUAUUAUUGUUGACUUACUACAUUUUUAAAAGUAUGUUUAGGAGGAUUAUGUAGAUCUGUGCAUCCGUGCAUAUAGUUUUAAAAAAACGAAUCGAGACACGUCUACGAAACGUUGUGCUUUCAUUUGUUCGUCAGAAAUCAGGACGAGUUUGCAUGGCGAAAACGUCACCGUUUCCGUGUCUAGACUCAUCGUUCGCGUCCGGCUUGCUCUGUAAAUGAUAAAAAUUGCACAACCGUGCCGAAGCGGUUCACUGUUUUUAGUCUCGAAGGCGUUUCUGACGGUCUCGGAGAUCAGAAUUGCCGUAUUAGAGUAUAUCUCAAAAGAUCACAAAGGUGCUGAUUUGGGAUCAGUUUUCAAUCCUGUGUAUGCUGUUAUACGAACGAGGACGCCGAUUGUAGAUCAGCUCUGACGCUGAUCGCUGGAGCUGCCGCGUUCCUUUUCGAAAACGUCGGUGUAACGGUUAAAGUUCGUCAAGAUGUCGGAAUGUUUCUGCUAGCUAAAGGGCACUGUGGUAGUUGGAGAUUUGCUCAGAUCUUUACAGCUUUUCAUGGGUUUUGUAAACAGUUCGGUUUUGUAUUACGGACCAGAAUGCUCUCCUCGAUGUUAAAGCUGAAAUGAAUAAAACAAAGUAACCUCGUGGGGUUCAUGUG